CCUCAUGGAGAGAAGGGAAGUAGAAGAGUGAGAGAGGAAGCGGAGAUGGGAAGCUAUUCGUUCGAAAGAGAGAUCUUGAUCCCUAGUUCCGAGGAGGAGGCGGAGGCGGAGAUUCAUUUGGCGAAGGGUUCGAGGCAGGAAGAACCAUGGCGGAGGAAGAUCGGCGGCGGUGUGACGCUCGUGGGGUUCGCGGACGCCGGGGAAGGCGGCGAAGAGGGGGCGGACGGCAUCACGAGGUCGAAGAGCCUGAGGGGUGAGGACCUGGAGGAGCUCAAGGGGUGCCUCGACCUAGGGUUCGGAUUCAACUACGAAGAGAUCCCCGGGCUCCGCAACACGCUCCCAGCGCUGGAGCUCUGUUACUCCAUGAACCAGAGGUUCUUGGACGAGCAGCGGCAGAAUCGUUCGCUGGAUCGCUCCUCCUCGGGGGAUUCAUUUGAUCAAUGCGAAUCUCCGUCGUCCCCUCUCAUCGCCAACUGGAAGAUCGUCAGUCCAGGUGACAAUCCUGAUGAAGUUAAAGCGAGGCUGAAGUAUUGGGCUCAAGCAGUAGCCUGUACUAUCAGAUUAUGCAACUGAACAUCAAUGUUUCAUCAAGUGCAGUCGAACGCCGAGCAAAUGAAUCCGGCAACGGAAGCAUGAAAAGGAAAACAGAGGGAGCUAUGAGAAUGUAGAGAUGACGCACACCUGAAGGGUGGAGAAAAGAGAGGAGGCAGUAGAAGAGGAGGUUGACAACAUAUUAGGAAGUGAGAGAACUGUCUUUGUAUAUGUUUGGAAGUUAAAAUAUGGGUAAAUUUGCAUGCAGCCUUAAUCAAAAACUCAUCUUUGCAUGCAGGAUUCAUCCAUAAAAAUCUUUGUUUACAUUCGCUAGU